AUGGCGGGCUGGUUCUCUUCGGUUUCCCCGUUCGAGGAACAGGUCGAGAAAGCGACCGCUUCAUCCCUGGAAGACAUCUCUUUGAAUUUAGAGAUAUCGGAUCUGAUUCGCUCGAAAACUGUACAACCGAAGGAUGCUAUGAAAGUUCUAAAAAGGAGACUUGAGAAUAAAAAUCCAAACGUCCAGUUAGCGACAUUGAAGUUGACAGAUACCUGCGUUAAAAAUGGUGGCCGUCAUUUUCUUGUUGAGAUUUCUUCCAGAGAGUUCAUGGAUAACCUCGUUUCUUUACUCCGACUCGAAGGUGUAAACGCCCUGAAUGCCAACGUAAAGGCGAAGUUGCUGGAGUUGAUUCAGACUUGGGCGCUUGCCACAGACUCGCGAAGUGAGCUAUCAUACUUGGGUGAAACAUAUAGGAAGCUACAAUGGGAGGGGUUCGAAUUCCCACCGAAAAUGGAGAUGGCCAGUAGUAUGCUUGACAGCAGUGCACCUCCAGAAUGGAUCGAUUCUGACGUAUGUAUGAGAUGUCGAACCGCUUUUACGUUCACAAACAGAAAACACCAUUGUCGCAACUGUGGGAGUGUCUUUGAUGCCCAGUGCUCCAGUAAAACUUUACCUCUACCCCAUCUCGGAAUUAUGCAAGCGGUUAGAGUCGAUGAUGGAUGUUACGCAAAGCUUACCUCCAAAACUUUUAAUGCGCCGUCUAGCUUGGUAGACCGCUCUGGCCUGAAAUCUCCUAAAGCGAGUACACGCAUGGAACCUCGUGGUGGUCGCGCAGAUACAGAUUUUGAUGAGGAUCUUAAGCGUGCUUUACAAUUAAGCUUAGAUGAUAUAAAAGGCAAAGGAUCUAGUGGAUACGUUGCACAACCGAAAGCGAUGAAUGGGGCUGUGGAUUUGGGAUCAAAUGCGGCAGAAGAAGACCCGGACUUGAAAGCCGCAAUCGAAGCUUCUCUACGGGAUAUGGAAGAACAAAAAAGAAAGCACAGUGCUGCUUUGAAAACCUCGACAUCUGACACGAAUUCAUCACAUACUCCUGUUGUUGGUCUUCCGAAGAAGGAUUACGAGCUUACUGCAACCGAAGCAGAAAAGAUCAGUCUACUGGCGACCCUUGUUGACCGUUUGCAGCAUCAGCCGCCUGGAACAAUAUUACGGGAACCCCAAAUCCAAGAAUUAUAUGAGAGUAUAGGGGCUCUAAGACCCAAAUUAGCUCGGACAUAUGGCGAAACAAUGAGUAAAUAUGAUACUCUCUUGGAUUUACAUGCCAAGCUAUCCACUGUUGUUCGGUAUUAUGACCGUAUGUUAGAAGAACGGCUUUCCAACACUUACGCUCAACAUACAAUCGGUGCAUACGAUUCAUUGCAGCCGUCUCAGCCAUCUUCAAACUUAUACCCUGUCAUGCCACGUGCACCGGAUGGUCGGGGAGGGGUAGAAAGCUUCUAUGCACAAGGCGCAGAUGCACAAUUCCCCCCGUCUCAAACCUACCCAUCUAUCAGCCGACACUCGUCCAUGGACCAAUCUUAUGGUCAGUCGCAUCUACCGGCUGCGGUGCCGACUCAAAGCCCAUAUGGGCAUCCAACUUCACAAUAUAACCGACAUACCCAUAUGUGGAAUCAUUCCGCGGAUCACAACUCCCCCAUUCAAAACUUCCCACCAAUGCCCUCGUACCCUGAUCAGUCCGUACAGCUAACGCACGCAACCUCCGCCCCUCAAAAUGAUGCCGCCUAUACUGCUGGUUUUCAAUCGGCGCCAGCAGAAGGGAGUUACCCCCAACCAAGCUCGCAGUUUUCUCAGACGGCAUCUCCAAACCAGCAACAACAAACUAUUCGAACAAUGCCCCCCCCCGCAGGACAAAUGCCUGCGCAGCCUCUCUCCUACCAUACUCAAGCACCCCCUCUCGGUGCGCCAUACCAAGCAUUUGCUGACGCAGCCAAUGCGCCACCACAGCCUGCAGAGCAGACCCACCAACCUCCAUACAGUUGGAAAAAUACGCAAGGUUCUUAUGCGCAACCACUUAAAGGAACAGAAAUGUAUCAGGGCCCUGCUGUUGGGGCUUCACAGCCGCUGUCACAACCGCGAACGCAGCCCCAAGUCAAGCCCCCAGAAGAAAGCCUGAUAGAGCUUUAG